GUGUGUGUGUGUGUGUGUGUGUGUGUGUGUGUGUGUGUGUGUGUGUGUGUGUGUGUGUGUGUGUGGAGGUGUAAUCCGUUCCUGACCAGCUGACGCACACAGGAAGUGAGUGACUGACCACGUGGCUCCUGUCGAAGCGGGGUAACAUUCGCUCCACAGUCAGAGAUCCGGACCGGCCCGAGCUGCGUCCUCACAGCCCUCCAGGGAGAACCAAACACUCACACGCCGUCUGAAGGAUGGAGGCAGGAGGCCAGAGCCCCGCUCAGUGCUGCCGGACGGAGGCGCCUGUGUUCAGGAGGAUCCGCGCUUUGCUCCCCGUCGGCUCUAAAGCUGAACUCACGGAGCUGUCCAAACUGUCCGGACCACUGAUUUUAGCCCAGCUCAUGAUUUACGGUGUGAGUCUGUUCAGCACUAUUUUCUGUGGCCACCUGGGAAAGGAGGAGCUGGCAGGAGUCUCUAUAGCCAUUUCUGUCAUCAAUGUGACAGGCAUCUCCAUCGGAAUAGGCCUGGCUUCAGCGUGUGACACUCUGAUUUCACAGACCUACGGAAGUGGAAACCUUCUGAGAGUUGGAGUUAUCAUUCAGCGAGCCGUCCUCAUUUUGCUUCUGGCAUGUUUUCCCUGCUGGGCAAUCCUCAUCAACACCGAGUCAAUCCUGCUCAUAGUCAGACAGGACCCCAAAGUGGCGAGGAUUUCUCAGCUGUACGUGAAGAUCUUUAUGCCGGCUCUUCCUGCUUCAUUUAUGUAUUCACUGGAAUCCAGAUAUUUGCAAAACCAGGGUGUCGUUUAUCCACUAGUAAUCACGGGCUUUCUGGUCAACCUGCUUAACGUGCUCAUCAACUACAUUCUUCUCUUCGUUUUUGAUCUGGGAGUAGCAGGCUCGGCUAUCGCCAACGCCGUGUCACAGUUCUCCAUGGCUGGGAGCCUCCACGCUUACGUCAUGUGGAAAGGUCUCUAUAAAACCACCUGGGGAGGCUGGUCCCAGCAGUGUCUGCAGGACUGGGGCUCGUACGCCCGGCUGGCCAUCCCCGGGAUGGUCAUGCUGUGUGCCGAGUGGUGGUCGUAUGAGAUCGGGAGCUUCCUAGCAGGGAUCAUCAGUGAGGUGGAGCUCGGGGCUCAGUCUGUCGUAUUUCAGCUCGCCAACAUUGCAUACAUGUGUCCGAUGGGUUUUGGCAUCGCUGGCUGUGUGAGAGUGGGGAACGCUUUGGGCGCCGGACAGACUGAACAGGCCAAACUCUCCGCCAAGAUGACGCUGCUCAGUGCAGGCUCAAUCGCUGUCUGUUUCGCAAUACUCUUUGGAAGCCUGAAAGAGCACAUCUCCUACAUCUUCACAUACGAUGAACAAAUUCGGAAAAGAGUUGCUGAGGUGAUGUCCUUCUAUGCUGUCUUCCUCUUCGUCGAUGGGUUAUCUGCGGCCUCUAGUGGUGUUAUAAGAGGAGCUGGUAAACAGAAAGUUGGAGCUUUUUGCAUCGUUGUGGGGUAUUACGCCUUGGGUCUUCCCACCGGGAUCAUACUGAUGUUUGUGGCCAAAUUAGGAAUCUUAGGUCUGUGGAUCGGGAUGCUGAUCUGCGCCUCCCUUCAGUGCUCGUUUCUGAUCACCUAUCUGAUGAGAAUGAACUGGAAUAACGCCACAGUCGAGGCUAAGAUCAGAGCAGGAGUGAGUGUGAGCGCCACAGACUCGGGUCCAGAACCAGAAGAUCAAGACGAUCUGCAGAACCAGACCGACGUCAGUGAGCUGAUCGACAUGGAGGAAACCGCCAUGAAAUCAGCGGCGCACCCGCUCGCUUUCAGGAUGGUGGUUCUGCGCCGGAGCCUCACUCUGGCCGCCAUGCUGUCUUUCUUGCUUUCUGGUAUCAUUUUGAGCUUGAUAAUUCCAAACUUAAUUACAUGACAGUGAGUGCAGUUUUUAGCGGGGUAACUUUUCGGCGGUACGAUUCCUUGCGGGUGUUUGCUUUGCAGCAGCCCGAGCAGGACAGCAGGCAUGCAAACAUGCAAAGGAGCAAAAGAUGAGGGGCACCAAGUCAGCGAAGCAGUUUAGGAUCAACUGAAUAAUCUCUGAACGCAAUCAUAAGAUACCCAAACAAAGCAUUCAGUGGUAAACUGAAGGAAACACAAGCAUGUGGGAAGUCGUGGCGAAGGCUCUGUUUCCUGACCACAGUAGUGUUUGACCUAUUUAUCAAUCAGCUGCACUAACUGGGAAUGGGAGAGGUUUAUGUUAAGAAUAUGAAUGUGAAACACUGUACACGUCAGUAAUGUGAAGGAAAACUCCUGCAGAUGGGAAGAGUGACUCUUAUUUAAUACACUUUUUUGGCAAAUAACAUGAUUUGAAUCCACAGUCAAUGAAGUGAAGGCACUCUUUUAAGUGUGAGCAUUUAGUCCAUGUAUAAUUUAUUAAAAAAAAAAAAGGAGAUAGUUAAUUGUCAAAUUGUUACCACAGUGCAGUGCAAAAUAUAAUUCACAAUACUUUUGAAUUAAAAUGUUCAAAUUUGUAAUUUUUUUUUUAAAGUGUCCUGUAAAGAAUUAAAAUGUUCAUCUAUAAGUAA